GAGAGAGAGAGAGAGAGAGAGAGAGUGGUGAGGAGAAAGUCGGCUCGGCAGAUCCUUCCGCUCUGGAAUGCCCUAGAGAUAAAAGAGAGAAAGAAGAAACCAUUGCCUAGUUGUCUUCAAUCUGUUCCUCUUCUAUAAUCCAAGAGAACGAAAAGUAUAAAUACGAGAGAGAGAGAGGGAAGCUUUUGGGAUGAGAGGGUGAUGGGAGACGAGAAGAAGGCGUCUAGCGCGAUGGGGAGCAGAGAGAGAGAUCGGGAGCUGCUGAUCCCGGUGGCAGAGGACCCCGCCGAAGACUCCGAUUCCAAGGCCUCGGCCUCCUCCUCCGCCGCCGUCCACCACCACUCCGGUCGUGAGGCAUUUUAUAAAGUUGUUCGUAGUUGGGCUUCAAAAAAGUUCAUGACUGGAUGUGUUAUCUUGUUUCCAAUAGCGAUCACCUUCUACAUCACCUGGUGGUUUAUCCAUUUUGUGGAUGGAUUUUUCUCUCCAAUUUAUGCUCAACUUGGAAUCAACAUAUUUGGACUUGGUUUUGUUACUUCCAUAUUGUUCAUCUUCUUGGUUGGAGUGUUCAUGUCAUCAUGGCUGGGGGCAUCUGUUCUUAGCCUCGGCGAGUGGUUUAUCAAGCGGAUGCCAUUUGUUCGACACAUAUAUAAUGCAUCGAAACAAAUUAGCGCUGCUAUAUCACCUGAUCAAAAUACACAAGCCUUCAAGGAAGUUGCCAUCAUAAGGCACCCCCGUAUCGGAGAAUAUGCAUUUGGAUUCAUCACUUCAGCUGUUGUUCUUCAGGGUUAUUCUGGUGAAGAGGAGCUAUAUUGUGUCUAUGUUCCAACCAACCAUCUCUACAUCGGUGAUAUAUUUCUGGUCAAUGCCAAGGAUGUCAUUAGACCAAACUUAUCUGUCCGUGAAGGAAUUGAAAUUGUAGUCUCGGGGGGCAUGUCAAUGCCCCAAAUUCUCUCAACGCUGGAUUCACAUACAAUCCAAGUGGACAGAACCAGAUCUAGUCGAAACUGAGACACACAUGCGUUGUUUUUAUUUGUUUGAGCUGCCAGAAUUGAUCACGUGGUUCGUUCCUUAUGGUUUCAGUUCGUCAAAUUUCCGUUUUUGUAUCAGCCAGACAAAUUCUGGUGGCAUGUAACAUUUUCCCUUUGUUAAGGUUUCUGUUGCUGUGUAAAAAGUAGAUGAAGCUGACAGCAGAUCUGGCUCGAUAUUUUGUAUGGGUUUUACAUCAAAAGAACAAGGUUUAUUUCAGCUCUGAGUGUGUGCACUCUCUUAAGAUCGUGGGUCUAUUAAGAAUUUGAAGCGGUUCCAUAUUGCAAGUGUCCCCACGUUCAUAGUCAUUCGUGUGACAGAUUUUUUAAGCGGUUCUGGAAUUUGUUUUCCUGCAUGAUGUUGAACUGUGCGACUCCAGAUGCCGCCCACCUGAGCAUCUAUUUCUUGUGCAACUUCCAUUCUCAUGAGCAGCUUAGCCCAUUUAGACUUGAAUUAAAAAGUUAACUGAUCCAAGCUUUGGUCGGUGGGCGUAGUGGCAGCCAUUGCCUUUUGAUCAGCUCACCAAAAGAAAAAAAAGAAGCUGCUGGAUCUAUCAAGGCCCCGGGGCCUUGGCAGUUAUUGUCGUUGCGAGGGGAAGGUACCAACUUGAUGCUUCAGAUGAUGGAUUUGUUCAUUUCUUCCGUUCCAUGGAAAACAAAUGGCGGAAGCCAGAUACGGCAGAUGAUGUUAAACUAUUUUCGCAACAAGCUUACAUGAUUACCAUGAAGAAUACUGUGCUUUCAUACAAAAGAUGCAGUUGGCCAUUGGGGACUCAGCAUUGACAAAAUGAUGGUUGGAUGCAUGAUCGAAAGGCAUCUUCUAACAAACGCUAUGCUUCCAAGUCGGCUCUUUAGUGAGCACUAUUACUGCUGUAAAAGAAGAGACACAAUAACAAUAUUCCUCAAAAAUUAAAGCAUCUUUGUAAUUAUUUU